CAUAAUAUCGAAGGAAAAAUGUGCGAUACGCAAGACAAUAUAAUUACAGCAGGUAAAUACGUGAUAGUGAGUAAACUGAACUUCAAAAAAGUUUACAAAGCAACAGUCGGGGGUAGUUUAAUGUUGGGAAAGGAUUUGGUAGACAUGAGUGAAAUUAUCGGGAAACCUUUUUGGACCACGUUCGAAAUGAUACCGGCAAAAAAUGGAAAACGAACAUUUUUCUUGAAAGAAACAAUAAAAACCGAAUCACUGAACGAUUUAUUAUGCACAUUACCAAGCGGCAACGAUAAUCGCACCAUCACCGACGAUGGCACAUCCCAGAAACUUUCUAAGGAGGAGAUACUUCAGCUUCAAGAGUCUGGAAGAAGUAGUAAGGAAAUAGUGGGUAGUUUGAUCGAGAAUAAUAAAUCUUUUUUAAAUCGAACAGAAUAUUCGCAAGAAAAGUAUUUGAAGAAAAAGGAAAAAAAAUACGUACGAUAUUUAACUAUACGUAAACCGGAUAUAACAUCCUUACACGACGUAUACUUUAAACUAGAUCAUAGCAAAAUUGGAAAUCUUAGAAUGGAUACCUUGGCACAAUUGUUAUCGUACAGCGACGUUCAGUCGGAGGGAUUAUACAUAUUGUACGACAGCGGAUGUCAAGGUCUACCCGCAGCUGCAAUGUUAAGUAGAAUCGGUGAAAAUACGCAAGGACAUCUGAUCAAUUUACAUCCUGGAAACGUGCAUCAGGCAACGUUGAUUCACAGUAUGAAUUUCCCUGUAGAACAAUUAGAUAGACUGAUUAACGUUAACAUUUAUAGUUUUCUAAGAUUACAUUAUCAAGGAGAAAGUACCCUUUUAAACAACAUAUCGAAGAAAAUACAUAAUAAUUGGAAAAAUAAGACGAAAGAAAAGGAGAAUAAGGACAGCGAAAAAAUUUUGGUAGUAAAAGAGGAAGUAAAAGAGGAAAAGAUAAAUACGGAAAGCUGUUUAGAAAAAUUUAACGUGUCUAGCGAAAUCAUGGAAAAUCACAAAAUUAAAGAAGAACAAGGUACAGAUAGUAAUAUAACCGUGUCGAAACGAAAAUUGGACGAAUCCGAGCAUGAAUCUACGGAAGUUACAGCAGCGAAAAAGCCAAAAUGGUUUUUAAAAACACAACACGCUAUACAACUGGUGCAAGAUUCGAAAGCUCGAGGAUUAGUUAUUAUAGCUAGAGAACAUCCUUUAAAUAUUAUUCUUGCCCUCCUACCUUUUCUAGGAGCAUCCAGACCAUUCGUAAUUUAUCAUGUACAUCGUGAACCUUUACAAGAGACUUACAUAACGCUUAGACAAAAACAGAACGUCAUUAACUUAAGACUCUUUUCCAAUUUUUUACGUUCAUAUCAAAUUUUACCAGACAGAACACAUCCUGAUAUAUUAACCAGCGAUACGGGUGGUUAUCUUUUAACAGGUUACUUAGUGGAACAAUAAACAGAUAUGUAAGUCUGAAGUUUAAAAGAGACUGCAGAACCGUGGUUGUUCGUAUCCGUAUCAAAAUUUGCUGAAAACAAUAAAUAAAGGAAUCACUGGUUAAGAAAUUUACAUGCGUUGUUACUCAUUCCAAUGCGAAGAAGAUUUAUCCAAUUUCGGACAAUCAGUGUCCGAAGAUAUUGAAAUUAUGAGAUUUUGAGUAUUUCUAAAUAUUUUAAAAUCGUAAAAUAUUGACCCUCGAAAAGUUUGUAACCCUUCAAUUUAGGAUUUGAUUUGGUAUACAUCGAUAUCAAUCUUAGGGGUAUACAGUUCGAUAUAGUAUGGAAAAUAAAAAAAAAAAAAAA